AUGCCUGGUUUCAAAAUACGCCGAAAUCCAAAAAAUGUGCUUAAUUGGCUAGGGAUUCCAGGAGUGCUAUUUCACAUUGUGGUGAUGGUGGCGGUGACUCUUCUGUACGUCGAGUACUCGCAGAACAAACGGAUACUGGCCGAUGCCGCGAGAAUUGUCUCCGCUCCGUUUGUCUUGGAGUCCGACCCCCAUGACAGAUUCCAGCCGUUUAAUCUCGGCUCGCUUAUUGCCGUCAUGGCCCUUACUCUGGCAUUUUUAUUCCUUUUAGGUUAA